GAAUCUCGAGGCCCCAGUGCCCAAAUGCUAUGGCCCAGAUGGGAAGUGCGGGCACGCCACGUCGACAGGAAGUUCCGCGAGAGCGACGAGUUCAGAGGGACUUUCCGGAGGAGAAGAUCCAGUCCUUGCCAAGAUCCUUCAGAAGUUCUUCGACAACGCGAAGGACGGCUACAAGAAGGAUGCCGACCAAAGGACUCCCGACUACGAGACGCUGAAGAACAAAGCGGCUGUGGUCUCGUACGACAUCAACCUGAAGCGACGCGAUGUGGAGAUAGACAGCGACACCGACGGCAACAGGAUGUCCAGCAGGGCUCGCGUGGAAGAGGCCGAGGGCAAGGACACCGCGGAUGGACAGGACCUCCUUGGCGUGACUGCCUGA